AAUUGACCCGACCUCAACAGACCUCUCAAUUUUCAAAACCCUUGCCGCUUCCUCUUCUCUUCUAAAACCCCCAAUAAUCUCUCAAGAACUAGGGUUUUCUAAUGGCGGAAGCGACCUCAAGAUCUCUACGAGACGGAUCUCUCGAAGGAGAGCACUGCCCAGCCCUAACCAUCAAGGACUCCCGCCAAAGCCCUCUCGGUUCGCACGCCUUCAACCACUUCCUCUCCUCUCUCGCCUCCAACAUCUCCGCCUCGAAAUCCCAAGCUCGUGGUUUGGUUCUCGUCGCGUUGAGUAAGAGCCCGGCGUUCUACUUUAACUUGCUGAGGAGUAAAGGGAUUGAUGCUGAUUUGGUUCGGGUUUUGGAUUGUUAUUCGGAUCCGUUUGGGUGGAAAGAUCGGAUUUUGAAACUGGGGAGUGAUCAGAGGGAUUCAGUGAAGGGGCCUGUUACAGAAUUUAAGGAUGUGAAAGAUACGUCUAAGUUAUUGUCAUCCAUUCUUGAUGUUGGAAGAGGGUUUGUUGGAGAUGGAAAAGCUCGUUUUGCUGUUGCCAUUGAUUCGGUCAGUGUUAUUCUAAGACAUUCUCCCUUGUCAGCAGUUGCAUCUCUAAUUAGCACCCUUCGCAGUCAUGAUCGUGUUUCAUGUAUGUUUUGGUUAAUACACUCGGACCUUCAUGAACCCAGAGCAUCCUCAGCUCUAGAGUAUAUUUCCACAAUGGUUGCUAGUUUAGAGGCAACAGUGGAAGUCACUGAGGGAAUAAAAAAUCCAGAGAACUUGUUUGGGCUUGAACAAAAUUCUCACAGAGGGAAGUUUCAGGCACGCCUUAAGCGGAGAAACGGAAGGGUUAAGUUACUCCAUGAAGAUUUUCAUAUGGAACAAGGUGGAAUCAAGUUCACUGCUGUAUCUUCUGAAAAUACAGCGGUCAACCAAAGCCUUGUACCUAAGGUUCAAUUUAAUCUCCAGCUAUCAGAAAAGGAAAAGGAUGACAGGGCAAAGGUUGUCCUUCCAUUUGAACACCAAGGAAACCGAAAGACUGUGCAGAUAUAUGAUGGUCGGCGAUCCCUCUCCGAGGGCAAGGAUCCUCACUCAAUGCAUCUCUCUGCAUUGUCUGCAGAGAGAAACAAUGAGACCAAGGGGACGGGUGAAAUACAUUAUAUUCGUGAUUCAGAUGAUGAGGCCCCUGAUUCUGAUGAGGAUCCAGACGAUGAUUUGGAUAUUUAACAACCUUUGUGUAUAUUAGUAGCUGCAAGAGUACAAGAGUGCCGGCUAAAUGAAAGAUAUGAUUUCUCAUAUUGCUGCUUGUACGUCGUGUGUUUUAUACAAAUGCAUUGGUAGAAAUUGUAUGUACUAGUAUUCUGUUUUGUCUUGGUAUUGCGUGCAGAUUUACUUAACUCAAAUUGAUGGUGGAGCUAUUGUUGUGUAGGCUGUGUUUUAGUAGCUGUCUCUUUCCUACCCCUAUGAUUUUCUGUCCUCUUGUCAGAUUCUCUUGCGUACAUUGCCUGUACAGCUUGUGCUAGUGGAUGAUAACAGUAGUAUUCAUUAUAGAAUUAGACGAUGCAA